UGGGUUUUGUGCAGACAGACCCUAAUUUGAAGUCAGAUCCAAGAUCCAAGCUCCUGAGCUUUUUGCAUUUCUUGCAAGCCGUUCAUCAUUAGUUAUCACCUAUUAUUGGGGUGUUUUUGCUGGUUCAUGAUAAAUAAUGAGUGAGCAAUGGCACUUUAAUCAACCACCUCCUGGAUAUGUACCACCAUUACCACAACAAGACUUACCAGUAGUACCAUACCAAAACUUACCACCAGUUCCCCACCCAGUGCCUGUUGAUAAUUCAGCUCCAUAUACUAAAUAUUGGGGAGAGAAUAUUGUGGAAAAAACUUAUCAAUCUAACGAUGAUGACGGAUAUACAGUGUCGACCAAUGGUUACAAUGCAACAUUCCAGUAUGAAGUCAAUUAUCGAGGUACUUUCCAUUAUACUAUGCCUCCUCCCCCACUACCAGGUCAUAAUUUAUAUCCAAAAAAAAAUCCUGCUGCUGCUGCUGCUGCUGAUAAAAUGAAAGGUCUGGAAGACAACAAGAUCACUGACAGUGAUUCAGGAAAUUCAAGAACUUCGACAAAUUUUCCGAAAACUGAUCAACAACCCUACCAUCCAUCUAAAGCAUUAGAUUCUGCAAAUUCACCUCACAAAAAUACAAAAAAAGCUGACGAAAGAAUUGAAAGCAAAUGUGAUCACCGCCAUCGUCAAGGAGAAAGAAUGAGAAGUUAUAGCGGACAUAGUUCAAGUAGAGAUAGAAGAAGUCCAAUUAGAGGUAGGAGUUCCACUAGACCAAGGAGGAGUCCAACUAGAGAUAAAUGGAGACCAACUAGAGCUAGAAGGAGUCCUACUAGAGAUAGGAGGAGUCCUACUAGAGAUAGAAGUCGUUCAACUAGACGUAGAUCUAGAAGCGGAAAUAGGAGUAGAGGUAGAAGUAGAGAUAAAGCAGGUAUAGGCCGCAGUCGAGAUCGUCGAGUAUCAAGAAAUAGAGAAUCAGAUUUACGAAAUAACAAAAGAGAUUCGAAAACUGAUACUUCUGCAUUGAGUGAACGAGAAGUAAUACUCAAUGAAUGGAAAAGUAACUUCUGUGAUACACUUGAGAAAAUUAAUGAGAAGCUUGAUGAAUACUCCACUAAGCAUGACGAUAUCACACAUUCUGAAAAAAAGAUUUGGACAAGAUCAACUCCAGCUGAACUAUAUUAUCAGAAAGAUGAAGCUAGUUUUAAAACAACUAUUGGCACACAAAAAUUAAUCAACCUAUGUACAAGUUUUAAAGAGAACUUGGUAGAUAGAGCUGAGAAAGUGAAUAGUGUAAAGCCAAAAUAUGAACCACCUGCUAGGACAUAUUACAGGAAUAUGUGCAAACAUAAAACUGAAAUCAGCAGUGAUUCAGAUAGCUCAGGGGAUAGUUUUUCCGAAGCAGAAGAGGAUAACUCUAUGGAAGAACUACAGCGAAAGCAGCAACAUCCUGAUAGGCUCGAUCCAGAAAUGUGGUACAAUGACCCUGGAGAAAUGAACGAUGGGCCAUUAUGUAGAUGUUCAUAUAAAUCAAAAAAGUCUGGGAUUAGGCAUGGAAUUUAUCCUGGUGAAACACCUAUACCUAGAUGUUCUAUUUACAGUAAUAAUGUUGACAAAUUAUUUCACUAUCGGAUUAUUAUAUCGCCUCCCACUAAUUUUUUAAUUAAAGCGCCUACAAUUAUCCAAUAUGAUGAGCAUGAGUAUAUUUUUGAAGGCUUUUCCCUAUUGUCACAUUUUCCUUUGGCAGAACUUCCACCCUGCAGAGUUAUUCGAUUUAACAUAGAAUACACAAUACUAUAUUAUGAAGAAAAAUAUCCAGAUAAUUUUACUAUAGCGGAAGUAGAUCUGUUCACCAUGUAUCUGUUUAAAGAAAUAUUGGAAUUGGUGGAUCUAGACAUAGUAAAUCCACUGGAUAGUGACCACUGUUCACAGUUUCACUUUUUACCCAGAUUUGUGAGAGAAUUGCCAGAGGACGGAAAAGAAAUUUUAUGUAUGCAACAAGUUCUAAAGUAUCUUACAGAUCAUUCAAACCCACUUAUUGAAACUAGUCAUCUGGAAAAUAUGGUGAAAAUGUCACAAUAUGAAUGGCAAAAUUUCGCUGAUGGGCUUAAAGGCACGGUAGUAACAUAUCCUGGAAAGAAACCGUCAUCCGUGAGAGUGGAUCAAUUAGAUAGAAACAUUGACCUACAAAAAAAAGGAGACUACCAAUUUCCUGAAAUUGUACAUUUUGGGAUACGUCCACCUCAAUUGAGUUAUGCAGGAAACCCAAAAUACCAAAAAGCUUGGCGUGAAUACGUUAAAUUUCGACAUUUAAUUGCAAACAUGUCCAAACCUACUUUUGAGGAUAAAAGAAAGCUCGAGGCAAAAGAAAACAAACUUCAAGAGAUGAGAACUCAAGGACAGAUGAAACGCGACGUAACUGUUGCUGUAUCAGCUAAAGGUUUUUAUUGUACUGGCAUAAUGUGCGAUAUUGUUCAACACGCAAUGCUUAUGCCUGUAUUGGUGUGCCAUUUGAGGUUCCACAACUCUUUAAAUACACUUGAGGAGUCGAUUGGUUACAAGUUCAGAAAUCGUGGGCUUCUUCAAUUAGCUCUAACGCAUCCUUCGUACAAGGAAAACUUUGGAACGAAUCCAGAUCACGCUAGAAACAGUUUGACGAAUUGUGGCAUACGGCAACCAGAAUAUGGAGAUAGACGAAUUCAUUACAUGAAUACUAGGAAAAGGGGAAUUAACACUCUGAUAAACAUCAUGUCGCGAUUUGGAAAGCAGGAAGAAACGGAAUCUAAUAUAACCCACAGUGAGCGUCUAGAAUUUUUAGGUGACGCAGUUGUUGAAUUUUUGUCUUCAAUACAUUUGUUUUUCUCGUUUCCUGAACUAGAAGAAGGAGGACUGGCCACAUAUAGGGCCGCUAUAGUACAAAAUCAGCAUCUUGCACUUUUAGCUAAAGUGCUUGAACUCGAGCAAUUCAUGUUGUAUGCUCAUGGUUCAGAUUUAUGCCACGAUCUUGAACUGAAACAUGCAAUGGCGAACUGCUUUGAAGCUUUAAUGGGCGCAUUGUUUUUGGAUGGAGGAAUUGAUGUUGCCGAUAAAGUAUUCUCCAAUACUUUGUUUAAAAAUGAUCCAGAAUUGAAACAGGUUUGGGUCAAUCUUCCGCCACAUCCUCUGCAGGAGCAAGAGCCUACAGGUGAUCGUCACUGGAUAGAGAAAUUUGAUAUACUUAAUAAAUUAACUGAAUUUGAGCGGAAUAUUAACGUCGAAUUCAACCACAUUAGGUUAUUAGCUAGAGCUUUCACAGAUAGAAGCGUGGGAUAUACAAACUUAACUAUGGGAUCCAACCAGAGAUUAGAAUUUUUAGGCGAUACCGUGCUACAACUUAUCGCAUCAGAUUAUUUGUAUAGAUACUUUCCAGAACAUCAUGAAGGUCACUUGUCAUUACUACGAAGUUCUUUGGUUAAUAACAGAACUCAAGCUGUCGUAUGUGAUGAUUUGGGAAUGGCGCAAUACGCAUUGUACAGUAAUCCAAAACCCGAACUAAAAACAAAAGACCGAGCUGAUUUACUGGAGGCAUUUAUUGGAGCUCUUUAUGUUGAUCGGGGAAUGGAAUACUGCGAAGUUUUUUGCCACGUAACUUUAUUUCCGCGUUUACAAGAUUUUAUUAUGAAUCAAGAUUGGAAUGAUCCGAAAUCUAAGCUGCAGCAAUGCUGUUUGACAUUGAGGACAAUGGACGGCGGGGAACCUGACAUUCCUGUAUACAAAGUUAUAGAGUGCAAAGGACCAACUAAUACUAGGGUUUAUACAGUCGCAGUUUACUUUAGAGGGAAACGUUUAGCGGGCGAGAUGGGACACAGUAUUCAGCAAGCUGAAAUGAACGCAGCUAAGAAAGCUUUGGAAAUUUCGCACAAUCUUUUUCCACAACUAAAUCAUCAGAAGCGGGUGAUUGCCAAAAGUAUGAACAAACGUAAGAAUACUAAAAGUUCGAAAGAUGUUGACAGGCGCAAGAGGGAUAGUAAGUCACCUAAAAGCUAUUCUAGGUUCAGAUUUAGAUCUGAAAGCCCUAGUGAUGAAAGCAGUAAGAACAAGAAAAAGGACAGUGAGAAAAAGUCAAGAAGUAAAAACGAGUCCAGCAAACAUCGUUCUAAAACUACCACGGAUCAUAUCCAUGAAGAAACUCCCAAACAUAGGAAUAGAGAACGAUUAUCACCUGAAAAACGACUAAAACGCGGUGGUGAAAUAAGUUCGUCGGAACAUGAUUCUCCAAAAACGGACUCUUGUGUAACAGAUUUUAGCAAAUUAGUUUCAAGAAAAACUUUUAUCAAAAAUCCUAGUAUCAAUAUUAUAAGUUGUGUUACGAUUCCGCCACGUUUUUAAAUUCCAUAAUUUGCCAGCUAGUAUUACCAACGAUGGAGACAUUUGGUAUUACCACAAUAACUGGUAAAACUUUUAUGGAGCCAUCUUAUUCAGAGUUGCGAAACAUUUGCCUCAAUUAAAAAAGAAAAUAAAUAAAGACUCACAGGUUUGUACCCAUAGGUACUAUAGGUAGGUACAUUUCACAAAUUGUCUUGUUUAGGUUCAAUUGUCCUCCAUAGCAAACUUUCAUUACAAACUUCGGGAAUAUUUUCUAUUUAGGUGUUCAAUCCAUUGCGUUAACAUGAUAGUGAAGUGUCCAAUGAAAGAAAGCUCGAUUUUCUCUGCUUUAUCGUACAAAGCACAAAAAUACGCAUUGCAUAUUCUAAAGGGUGAUUCAAAAUGAGUUUCCACAUUACAAUCUCAAAUAUUUUUGGAACGCCACUAUAUUUGUCAACGGCAAUGGAAUAUUUCUAAUCUAGAAACAUGGACAAAAUUAGUCAUGGAUCAAUACAUCACGGACACUCAACCAAAUAGUAGCAUAAAUAAAAAGAAGUUGUUCUUUGAUUUAAUGAACAAUUCAUAAAAAUCGGUCCAAAGAACGGCUUCUUUGAUCACAUGAACUCUACGUUAUUGAAGUAUGAACAAUUUCUUAAUUCCUAUUUUGAUUCAUCUUGUGUAUGAACAACGAACAUUAAGGUAUGUAGCAAGGUUUUUGUAUUAAUGAAACUUUUCAUAGUAACAAUAAACAUCGUUUUUAGUUAAUAUGUACUUUUUCAUUGUCCUGAUGAACAGACGGCAUAAUAUUAAUGAAGCCCAGAUAUAAUUUGAUGAAACCCUUUCAUUGUAUUUAUGAAUCACAGUCUUGAAUACUAAGAAUUUCAUUCAUUGUAUUUAUUAAUGACGUUUUCAAUAAUAUGUACCAUUCUUUAUUUUUAUUAAAAUUUUUUCAUGAAUUAGGCCUUAAAUAUACUUAUGAUUUUAAAUGGGGUAAAGGGUCAUUUUUUAUAUUUGCGUGUCCCCUGUACUGAUGAAUAUGAGCAAUAGGAAAAAAGCUUUUAAUGCAAAAGUUGCAUGGUUUCUUCGUAUCAUCUUCCAGAAUUGUCAAACAAACCAAUGGGCAUCCCAAAAUCUGAAAAUUUAAAAAUCUAAGUACCUACUUAUGUAUUUUUAUUUUAAAUGACACUAACCGUAUAUUCUAUUAUCUUUCAAAUCCUCCUUAAAUCCUGUUUCCAUAAAUAUAUAAUAUAUCUAUAUUUGUUCCAGCUGUUUUUGAACUAUCAACAUCCAAAGUUUCUUAAACAAGCCACAUCAGAAAAUUAGAUUUGAUGCCUUGGCUGGUUUCCUUGCCUCGGCUUGAAACACUAGCUGCGGUAUUGAAUCUUCUGCUUUUCUACCUAGUGAAACAAAACCAUUUAACAAAAAUAUAUCGAUUAAAAAAAUUACAACUUGAUUUGAGAUUGGGUAUACUUACUUUUAGAGACUUCAGUAUUCCUUAGAAAUUCUGAGGAGCUCUUGACGCUUUUGUCUUUCACGUUCUCCCCGGAUGACAUUUAAAUCUGUAGGUCAUUUCUUUCGCAUUCCCAUUUUGAGACUAGACCGUCUCCGUGCAAGGCAUCAAAGUCCUACCUACAUAAUAGGUAGGUAUACAUAUUAUAGAGGUAAUAGAGGUAUACAACUUACCGACGACAGGUAUAAUCGACUUUCUAUUUAACACUUCGAACAACACAAAACCGAAAAAACCGACUUGAACGAAGUACGUAGCAAUGUACCCAGAAAAUAGAAAUGUAAUUAUUCCUAUUUCAACAUAUUUUUCUAUGUCGUUGCCCGACUGCAGCUACCUUUGCGCAUUUGCUCAGGAACUGUCUACAUUAAUGCUAUGAACUGUUUCAAUGUAUUUAUGAUUUAUCUUGAUGUAAUGGUUGCAGCUUUGUUUCUAGGGAUACUUGCUUGUUUUAAAUGAACCGUACAUUGUAUCAAUGAAUUUCGUUCUUAAAAGGAUAAGUUUCUAGUAAGGUUAUAUGAACCAUAUUCAUAUUAUUCAUGUUGAUAUUCAUUUAUAUUAUGAAUAUUCCGUGGAAGCUCUCAUCAAAGAAAUUUUCUUUAAUAUCAAGGUUUAAUUUCAUAAUAUCAAUGAACUUAGUUCUUGUAACCGAUGCACUAUUCAACAUAGAUUCAUGUAGAUGACUAUUCAUAACUUAAUGGAGCUUCAUUCUUUAUUUUAAUGAUAGCUGUUCAUGAAAUCAUAAUACUUACAGUUUUCUGUACUUGGGAUUAAUGAAAAUUUCACUGAAUCAAUGAAAAUGUAAUUUAUGAAAGCAGUUCAUCGAUAUUAUGAUCAAGAUUUUUUUGAGUGGAACAACGCGUCAAAAUUAGUGUUUCACAAGACAAGAUUUCUUGUCUUGCUGGGCCUAUUCUUGUCUUGUCUUGCAAAGCAAAACAAGAAAUUAAAUUCAUUCUUGUCUUGCCCGACUCUUGCAGAAAAAAAUCUUGUCUUGCAAAGAAGAUUUCUUGCAAUUUCUUGUUCUUGCAUUAUUUGUUUUGUGACGUCAUAGCAAGAGUCUUGCUUGCAAGAUUCUUGCUGCAAGACUCUUGCAUCAUUCAUCAUGUUUAAAAGCGUGUCGGGGGGGUGUGUGGUAGAAAAACACGACGGUUUUCUACCACACACUUCGACUUUGGAACUACGUGUUUCAUCGUGGCGAUGAAAACCGUCGUGUUUCAUCAUAGUCUGUAGGGCCCUUGAGAUUAUGAUUGGUGUCAUUGUCAUUGAUAACGUGGUUGUCAUCUUUCCUGGUUUAGAGGCUUUUUUUACGAGGAAACAGUUUCAAAACAGUUUCAGCUCUAACGUCACUAUUUUAUGCACUACAAUGCUAACAGACCUUAAAAAAAAAUCAACUUGAUUCUUUGAUGGUUGAAAACGAAAAGGCCUUCACAUUCAGCUUAAAAUCAUGACCAAAAAUUUUCCUAGCCAUACUUGCUGCAAGAACUGUGAAGAACGGUUAGAAACUGAUAUCUGUUUGAGUGUUUUGAAACUACAAUUUCAUUGGUCGUUUUGUCGCAAAAAAAUGUCUUAAACUUUACAAACUGACAUGCUGACAUUUCUAUCUCGUUGUUAACUACCGCAACGUUCACAGAAUUAAUUCAAAAAUAUGCAGAGAAAGAGACUUCAUUUUUUUGUAAGAUUUCUUGCAAGAUUGCAAGAGUCUUGCCGAAUAAUUUCUUGUCUUGCUUGGCAACUUCUUGUCUUGUCUUGCUUUGCAAGACAAGAAAUUUGAGAUAGUCUUGUCUUGUUCUUGCAGCAAGAACAAGGCAAGAACAAGAAAUUUGCAAGAAUCUUGUGAAACACUAGUCAUAAUUAUCCAAACCUAUUAUAAAAAUGGGCGAUCGAGGAAGAAUACAUUUCGUGCUCUACUUGAAUUUUUUGGUGACGCAAAAUCGACCUUGAGAGGACAAUUUGGAUUGUGGUCCAAAAAUUCGAGCAAACUCGAUUCGUAGCGAACAUCAAAACCCCUCAGCGUAUUCGUAGAGGUCGAUUUUGCGUCACCAAAAAAUUCAGGUGAAGCACGAAAUGUAUUCUGCGUCGAUCGCCCAUUUUCAUAAUAGGAUUGGAUAAUUUUGACGCCUUCUUCCGUGGUGUGCUCCAUGACUAAUUCUGUACAUAUUUCUAGAUUAGAAAUCUCCCAUUGCCGUUGACAAAUACAGUGGCGUUCCAAAAAUAUUUGAUAUUGUAAUGUGGAAACUCAAUUUGAAUCACCCUUUAGAAUAUGCAAUGCGUAUGUUUGUGCUUUGUACGAUAAAGCAAAGAAAAUCGAGCUUUCUUUCAUUGGACACUUCACUAUCAGGUAAACGCAAUGGAUUGAACACCCAACACCCUCAAAUCAAAAUUUUCCAAAUAGAAAAUAUUCCCGAAGUUUGUAAUGAAAGUUUGAGAUUGUUAUGUGGAAACUCAAUUUGAAUCACCCUUAGUUGUCUGGAAGUGAUACAACCUCAAGAUAAAAUUUGUCGCACUGUCAAGAAAAUACACUCUGUUAAUUGCUUAUUAAACUUCUAACUAAAAAAUAAAUUAUCAUUCGGAAUUAAUCUUAAAUUAUUACACAUUUCAUUUGAAUAGGAACUUAGUUAUUAAGGAACAUUUCGUCUCAGUAUGGGGAUUUCUUUUUUUCAUACUAAAACCUUCUGCCGGAUUGAAAAUUUAAUCUUGAGCAUAUUGUCUAUAUUUAUUAUUCUUGUUUUCUUGUUUAUUUUUUUUUUUUAAUUUAAUUUACGUCAUAUUGGCAUCUGAUAAUUAUUGGUCUCUUAAUAAACUAAGUAGGUAAUGUGUUUUUUUUUUAUGAAGUACUUUAUUAAAUUUCCACAAACUAUUUUACUAUCGUUUCAAUACACCGGCUUCUUUGGGAGAUACCUAUAACCUUAUCACAAAUUUUUAUGUACAUUAAAAUUAACCAUAAUCAGCAUAAUAAUUUCCAACCUGUAUAUUGUAUUCAAAAAUUAAAUUGGUACCUAUAUACCUAGUUUGUAAUUAUAAGGUCUGUUUCUGCAGAAAUCACAAACCAGUCAGAGCGAAUUUCAUUGGUUGAAAACAGUCAGAAAACUAGUUUCAACCAAUGAAAUUCACUCUGACUGGUUUGUGAUUUCUGCAGAAACAGACCU